AUGGCCAUGGAGGUGGACGCAGCAGACGAAGGCUACCUGGAGAAGGCAGCAGCCUCAGCUCCGUCAGAGUUGCGGCCGUUCUACUCAAAGGCCCGAGAGCUGCACGACAAGAAGCUCUGGUACCAGCUCACGGUUGCCGUCGAGGCUUUUCUUGACGACCCGGCCAGCGCAAAGGGCACCCUGCGUUCCGACCUGUAUCAUAACUUUAUCAGCUCCUUCACCAAGAGAAUCAACCCGCUGCGGCUCGUGGGAAUCGCAGUCGUCGUCUCGAAGCAAUACCAAGAUCCGUCGACAGCGCUCAGAUUCCUCGAUGACGUUGCCGAAAAGGUUGAUACAGUCACGACGCAAGAGGCCUUCGUCUUUGCUAUCAUGGAAGCUGCCCACUUCAAGCUCCUGCUGGGCGACUUGGACGGGACAAAGGAAGCCAUGGACAGAUGUGGCAAGAUUCUCGAAGGCUUCGACAGCGUCGAGACCAAGGUUCAUGCCAGCUUCUACCGCGUGAGCGGAGACUACUACAAGACCAAGGCAGAGUAUGCGUCGUACUACAAGAGCUCGCUUUUGUACCUUGCCUGCAUCAACAUCGAGACAGACCUGGGUCAAGACGAUCGGGUUCAAAGGGCCCACGAUUUGGCCAUUUCGGCCCUCCUCGGCGACACCAUCUACAACUUUGGCGAGCUUCUUCUGCACCCAAUUCUUGCCUCACUCGACGCUUCUGCUCACGCAUGGCUCUCGACACUCCUCUUUUCCUUCAAUUCUGGUGAUCUGGGCCGAUUCGAGUCAUUGAUCCCUCAUCUUUCGUCAGAGCCCAUCCUGGCCGAGAAUCAACCUUUUUUGCGACAAAAGAUUUGCCUCAUGGCGCUCAUCGAGAGCGUAUUUCGCAGAGCGAGCACCGACCGAACCCUUUCGUUUGAGACGAUUGCCGUCGAGACGAGGCUUCCUCGGGAUGAGGUCGAGCACCUGGUCAUGAAGGCCCUCAGCCUCAAGCUCAUUAAGGGAACCCUGGACCAGCACGCACAACUGGCCAGGAUCACGUGGGUGCAGCCAAGGGUGCUAGACAAGAGGCAGAUCGAGGCUUUGCAGGCGCGCCUCAACGCCUGGUGCGACCGCGUCGAGGAGGUGACCAAAUUUGUCCAGGGCGAGACUCCUGAGCUCUUUGUCACGGCGUGAUGACAAGCUCUUACAUUGUAGAUUACAAUUUGAAUGUGAUGCUAUGAAAGGCUUGCCAGACAGGCAUUCAAACAUCUAAGCAUCCAGGCAUCCAGGCGGAUAAAGUAGGCAUAUGUGCAUG